AUGGCCGCGAUCACUUUCCCGACCAUCGGCCAGAUGCCACCAACGGAGGACCCGAGCCUCGAUGCCUUGGAUGCAGUGGACUACGAUCCCAUUGACCACUUGAAUUCCAUCUUCUCCCACCCCUCGACCCUCUCCUCCGUAUGCCACAUCUCCGACGGCCUCCACACAUACAAGGAUGAAUUGGACGACGAUAUCAGCACUUUGGUGGAGGAGCAGGUCACCUCCAAUGCCGAGAGCGUGGAACGCAUCCAGGUAGCCAAGGCAGACUUGUCCGAGUUAUUUAAGAAGAUAGAUGAUGUGCGGGAGCGCGCAUCGAAGACGGAGCUGGCAAUCACGAGCAUGACGGCCGACAUCAAGCAGCUGGACCACGCGAAGAAGAAUCUGACGCUAUCGAUGACGGCGCUCAAGCGGCUCCAGAUGCUCACCACAGCCUACGACCAGCUCCAGGCACUCAGCCGGACGCGACAGUACCGGGAUUGUGCGCAGCUUCUCCAGGCGGUGAUCCAAUUGAUGGCCCACUUCAAGUCGUAUCGCUCCAUCGACCAGAUUGCGAUCCUGAGCCGAAAUGUAGCGGAUAUCCAGCGCGAUCUCCUGGAGCAAGUCUGCGAGGAUUUCGAGCUGGUCUUUGCCAAGGGCGAGGUGACUCAGAAACAAGGCGUGCUCGCAGAAGCCUGUCUAGUUGCGGAUGCUUUGGGCGACUACGCGCGGUCGCGGCUGGUGACUUGGUACUGCAAUACCCAGCUUCGCGAGUACCGCCAGGUCUUUCGGAACAACGAGGAGGCGGGUUCCUUGGACAAUAUCUCCCGGAGGUUUUCUUGGUUCCGGCGUAUAUUGAAGAUCUACGACGAGGAAAAUGCGGCCAUCUUCCCGGCCUCAUGGAGGGUCAAUGAGAUCCUGGCAAACGUGUUCUGUGAAGGCACGCGGGAUGAUUUCAAGGGCAUUCUGUCUCGUUCUGUCCGCAGCGGCCAGACGAUUGAUGUCAAUUUACUGCUCUCCUGCCUGCAGGAAACGCUUGACUUUGAGCAUUCUCUCGAGCGCCGGUUUGCCCCUCUGUCGCGUCCGUCUACAGACACAUUUAUGUCAAAUGAGGCUCCGGUCUUCAGUCAGUCUAUUUCUGAAGCUUUCGAGCCGUACUUGAACGUUUGGGUCGAUGCCCAGGACAAGCAGUUGGCGGCUUUGUUGCCUAAGUACCGCCAACAACCCUUAAAAUCCCCGGAUGAUGAAUUUGACUCACAUACCGUGAUUUCAUCUUCGACCGAGCUCUUUACAUUCUACCGAAACUCCCUGCAGCAAUGCGCAAAGCUGUCUAGAGGCGGUAGCCUAGCCGAGCUGGCCAAGGUCUUCGCCAAGUACCUGGACCAAUACGCACAGCAGGUCCUCCUCAACUAUAUAAGCGAGCGGCCCACGGGUCAUACUUCAUCGAAAGUGCCGUCGGUAGAAGAGCUGGUGCCAGUGCUCAACACUGCCGAUUACUGCUACACGACGUGCAACCAGCUGGAAGAGAAGAUCAAGGGCAGACUUGAUGAGGCUCUCAAGCAAACCGUGGACCUGCAGAGCCAGGCUGAUUCUUUCAUGGGGAUAGCAUCUGCCGCCGUGCGGGGACUUGUGCGCCAGGUGGAAAUCGACCUAGAGCCUUGCUGGCGUGAAAUGCGCAACACGCCAUGGAGUAAAAUGGAGGCCGUCAGCGACCAGAGCUCGUAUGUGAGCGAGUUGCUGUCCCGAACGAAGACCAAAUCGUCGGAGAUCCUGCCAUUGCUGCACAAGCAGCAGUACGCGCGGGCAUUCUCGGAUCAUGUAGUUGAGCUUAUGUCGAGCUUGUUUCUCAGCAACGUCUACCAGUGCAGACCUAUUUCGGAGACAGGCGCUGAACAGAUGCUCCUCGAUUCAUACACCCUCAAAAGCGGCCUUUCAUCUCUUCUGCCCGCACCGGCCCCCGCAGGCUUCGUCAAGCGCGUGAACAGCAGCUUCUUCAAGAUUGAGACACUCCUGAAGACAUUACAGGUCCGCCCAUCGCCACCAGAGGCUUUGGUGCAAGCGUACCUGAUCCACAUCGCCGACUGCAAUAACAACAACUUUCGCAAGAUCUUGGAUAUGAAGGGGAUCCGCAGCCGGCAAGAGCAGAACCACCUCGUCGAACUAUUCCAGCUGCACCGCGCAUCAGACCGCUAUGCAACCAGCAUGGAACAAAACAACCCCAUCUUCGCAACCCUCCAAGCACCCACGGCCAGCAGCGCUACAGGCUCCGUGUCCCAGGGUCUCAGUCUCGGCAGCGCCGCCGCCUCGAUGCCGUCACGCUUCGAUCCGUCGAUGCUCGGCUCCGCCAUCAUCUCUGCCGCCAAGGACGGCGUCGACCGCUUCGGAAACCCCAGCCUGAGCACCCUGGGAUCGUCUGGCACUACCACCGGCUCUGCCUCUGCCACCACCCAUAACACUUCUUCGUCUACCCCCGGUUUGCCCACCUCUUCCGGCACCGCGUCCCCGGCUCCGGCCUCAGCCCAGCAACCCGGCCACGUCCACACCCCGUCUGAAAACACUGCUGCCGGGAAUCUCAACGAGAAUCUGAAGAAUAUUGGCAAGUUCUUCAGGAGGGACCUCGGUGGGUUUGGAGGCCGAUUUGGUCGAGCUACCGAAGACGCAAAUUAG